AUGUCCUCCGACCCCUCUACCUUCCAGUCGCCGGAGCACACCCAGGUGAACCAAGACACCCACACCCAGAUCGCCGACAACUCCUACCCGCCAGCAACAGCAGACCACCCACGCUCAGACGCACCAGAUCCGACCACCUCAGCACCAGUUCCAAAGCUCUCUCAACCACACGGCGCUACGACCUCGACCGUCCACGAUGCCUCCCAAGGAAGACAGUCCACCACCGCUGCCGCCGGUGCCUCCGAACUCGCCAGUCUUAAAGUGAAGAUCACUGCUGGACUGCGCGAGAUCCCCGACUUCCCAGAGCCCGGCAUUCUCUUCGUCGACAUCAUGCCACUGUUCGCCAACAUCGAUCUCCACAAGUCUUUGAUCAGAGCCCUCGAGCUGAAAGUCGUUGAGAGCUUCAAGAACAAGGUCGAUGUGAUCGUUGGACUCGAUGCCAGAGGCUUCUUGUUCGGACCUUCCUUGGCUCUUGCUAUCGGUGCCAGCUUCGUUCCAAUGCGCAAGCAGGGAAAACUUCCAGGCGAUACCGUUAAGAGCACACCAUUCACAAAGGAGUACGGAGCAAGCAAGCCAGACGUUUUCGAGAUGCAGGGAGACGCAGUCAAGAUUGGAGAUAAGGUAGUCAUCGUCGACGAUAUCAUUGCAACAGGAGGCACAGCAGUCGCAGCAGGCGAGCUCGUCCGGAAGCUAGGAGGAAUUCUACUAGGCUACGUGUUCUUGAUGGAAAUUGAGGGUCUCAAGGGCAAGGGCAGACUUGAGGCACCGAGCCACAUCCUCCUCGGCAAGGAAGACGGCAGCAGCACCGAGAGACCAUAG